AUGGAAUACGAGGAGGUUCUGCCGGGCACACGCCGCCUUUUCGAUGCUGAAGGACGUCCUCUGCCCGAGGACUUGGGCCUGAAAAAGCAUGGCGAUAUUGUCCUCGUACCUCAGCCCACCGACUCACCAAAUGACCCCCUACACUGGUCUCUGCCUCAUAAAAUCUGGCACAGCUCACUGGUUUGUUUUGUUACGGCUCUGACAGCUGCUACUUCAAACGAUGCUGGCGCUGCGCAAUACAAUGAAAAUCUCGAGCUCGGAAUCAGCUAUGGUUCGUUCAAUACUGGGGCUGGGGUGUUGUUCGUCGGAAUUGGCUAUUGGACCUUGCUUUCUUCCCCAGCCGUUUACCUCUAUGGCCGCCGCAUCCUCUAUCUUAUCGGCAUGCUCUUUGGAGUGAUUGGAGGUAUAUGGUUUGCUAGGGGCCAAACCACCAGCGAUGCAAUUUGGAAUCAACUUUUUGUUGGUGCUUCCGAGUCCGUGGCGGAAGCCACGGUUCAAUUGUCAUUGAUGGAUCUCUGGUUUCAACACCAACGCGGCUCUGUUCUAGGCGUCUACGUGUUGGCGACGAGUGUUGGAACAUAUUUGGGACCCUUGAUUGCUAGUUAUAUCGCCGACAGCAGUCUCAAUUGGAGAUGGAUUGGAUGGUUCGGUGCAAUCUUCUCCGGUGCUACCUUUCUUGUCUUCCUCUUCGGGCUGGAAGAAACAACUUUUCGCAGAGACAAAUAUUUGAUCAACAAUGGUGACAGAUAUCUGAUUGAUGGCGUCGAUCGGGCCAGCGGUGAGAAUUCCGAGGGCUCUGGAGCCGAUCAAGGAGAUAAAGAAGAGAUCGUUCAUGAUCCCCAGCAGACAGGCGUGUCUCCCAACCUAGAACGGCAAAUCGCCAGUGAGGAAAGGAAGAAGACUUAUUGCCAACGCAUUGCCAUCAUAACCCCCGCUCCAAAUUUACGUGGGAUAGGAUUCAAACAAUAUUUUCAGCGUCUCUUUCAUACACUUCGAAUCUUCACGUUUCCAGCCGUCCUCUACUCUGGUCUCCAGUGGGGAGCUCAAGAUGCCUGGCUUACCUUUUAUUUGACGGUCGAAGAAGAUACCUGGUAUGGACCGCCGUGGAAUUAUAGUGAUGCAGCAGAUGGCAAUAUGAACAUUCCUUGUCUGAUAGGAGCAGUCAUCGGAUGCCUUUACGGUGGCUGGUUUAGCGACAAAUUCCUGCUGUGGAUGGCAAAGCGGAAUGGUGGUGUGAUGGAAGCGGAGCAACGACUCUGGCUGAUGUUUCCCUGUGCAGCUAUCUUUCCCACUGGUCUCUGGAUCUUUGGGAUUGGCACCAGCUACGGAUGGGCAUGGCCUGGUCCAUACAUUGGUCUCGGCUUCAUUGGAUUUGGCUGGGGUUGUGUCGGCGACUUGAGCAUGGCUUAUCUCAUGGAUGCGUAUCCAGACAUGGUACUGGAAGGGAUGGUGGGUGUUGCGACAAUUAACAACUCCAUUGCACUCAUAUUCACUUUCACGGCUUCCCAUUGGCUCGAUGCCAGUGGCAUUCGCAAUACCUUUAUUGCUAUUGGGGUUUUGGCCUUUGUGUUCAUAAUGACGACCGUGCCGAUGAUUAUCUGGGGUAAGAAGGCUCGACGUCGGACUCGGGAGAGAUAUCAGCGAUUUUUGGAGAUUCGUGAUGGCCUUUCGACAUAG